AUGGAUAUGGAAAUGGGGAUGGUUAACGAUGAACAAUGCCUAGGGCUUGGAGACAGUCAGAAUGUCCAAGUUGAGGGUAUAAGAUGUGCCAAAAGAAGGCGAAGAGAUCCAGCAGUAUCGGUUGCAUUCGACAAUCGAGAUGGUCAUCAGCAACGCAAUGCCGCUGCUACUGCUACUGCUACCACUGUCAAAAGAAGUUCAAGGUUUCGUGGAGUUAGCAGGCAUCGAUGGACUGGGCGAUACGAAGCUCAUUUGUGGGAUAAGCUUUCUUGGAAUAUUUCACAGAAGAAGAAAGGGAAACAAGUUUAUCUUGGAGCUUAUGAUGAAGAAGAAGCUGCUGCAAGAGCUUAUGAUUUAGCUGCACUUAAGUAUUGGGGGACUUCCACUUUCACCAAUUUUCCUAUAUCAGAUUACGCGAAAGAGAUUGAAAUAAUGCAGACUCUCACAAAAGAGGAGUACUUGGCCUCAUUAAGAAGAAAGAGCAGUGGAUUUUCAAGAGGUGUAUCCAAGUAUAGGGGAGUUGCAAGGCACCAUAACAAUGGAAGAUGGGAAGCAAGAAUAGGGAGAGUCUUUGGAAACAAAUAUCUCUAUCUUGGCACUUACAGCACCCAAGAAGAGGCUGCUCGAGCUUACGACAUUGCAGCAAUAGAAUACAGAGGGAUCAAUGCAGUGACCAACUUUGAUUUAAGUACUUAUAUCAGAUGGUUAAAACCUAAUGAAUCACUGCCAAUGGCGGUAGAACCUGAACCAGUGAUAUUACCAAGCCAAGCCAGCACUCCGGGAGAGGAAUCGAAGCCCUCAGUUAACCACUCUUCUACUGCAGAUUACUUGAACUCUUCACCAAAACAAGUUGUUGAAAGCAAGAUCCAUGUGAUGAACUCCAACAAGUGUUCAUCAACUACGGCACUAGGCUUGCUCCUUCGAUCUUCCAUAUUCCGAGAUCUGGUUGAAAAAAAUGUGGCAAAUGUGUGUGAAGAUGAAAGUGGUAGUACUGAUGAAAAUGAAGAGAAGAACAAACACUUAGCAGGUAAUGAUGAUGAGUUCUGUGGGCUGUUUUAUAAUGGAAUCGGUACUGAAUUCCCAUUUUUUCGCUCUUCUAUGAAAGAUACCAUGGAAUUGCAAGAAAGAGGGUCCUCUUUCAUUUAA